UGGCGGCGGCGGAUCGGAGAGGCCAGAGCCGGAGACCGAGCUGGGAUCGGGCCCCGGGCGGGGGCGGUGCGAGCGGCGCCGAGCGGACCCUGGGGGCGGGGACGGAGCCGGGGCGGGCGGGACUGGAGCGGAGCCCGGGAACGAGGCGGGAGGUCCCAGGGUCUCGGGUCGGGGGGGUGGAGCCGCACUUCGUCGCCGCGGGGGUGCCGGGACUCCGGCCGCAGUGCCGCCGCCAUCACGGACUUCCUGUGGGACAAGCGCACGGGCCUCGCCGCCAGAACGAUGCCUCAUCCCCGAAGGUACCAUUCCUCAGAGCGAGGCAGCCGGGGGAGUUACCACGAACACUAUCGGAGCCGGAAGCAUAAGAGACGAAGAAGCCGCUCCUGGUCAAGUAGCAGUGACCGGACCCGGCGGCGCCGGCGGGAAGACAGCUACCACGUCCGUUCCCGGAGCAGCUACGAUGACCGUUCGUCGGACCGGCGGGUGUACGACCGGCGAUAUUGUGGCAGCUACAGGCGCAACGAUUACAGCCGGGACCGGGGGGAAGCGUGCUACGACCCGGACUACCGGCACUCCUACGAGUACCGUCGGGAGGACAGCAGUUACCGCAGCCAGCGCAGCAGCCGGAGGAAGCACAGGCGGCGGAGGCGGCGCAGCCGGACGUUCAGCCGCUCGUCUUCGCAGCACAGCAGCCGGAGAGCCAAGAGUGUAGAGGACGACGCUGAGGGCCACCUCAUCUACCACGUCGGGGACUGGCUACAAGAGCGAUAUGAAAUUGUCAGCACGUUGGGAGAGGGGACCUUCGGCCGGGUUGUCCAGUGUGUCGACCAUCGCAGGGGUGGGGCUCGAGUCGCCCUGAAGAUCAUUAAGAACGUGGAAAAGUAUAAGGAAGCAGCUCGACUUGAAAUCAACGUCCUGGAGAAGAUCAACGAGAAGGACCCUGACAAUAAGAACCUCUGUGUCCAGAUGUUUGACUGGUUUGACUACCAUGGCCACAUGUGUAUCUCCUUUGAGCUCCUGGGCCUUAGCACCUUCGAUUUCCUCAAAGACAACAACUACCUGCCCUACCCCAUCCACCAAGUGCGCCACAUGGCCUUCCAGCUGUGCCAGGCCGUCAAGUUCCUCCAUGAUAACAAGCUGACACAUACGGACCUCAAGCCCGAAAAUAUUCUGUUUGUGAAUUCAGACUAUGAACUCACCUACAACCUAGAGAAGAAACGAGAUGAACGCAGCGUGAAGAGCACAGCUGUGCGGGUGGUGGACUUUGGUAGUGCCACCUUUGACCAUGAACACCACAGUACCAUCGUCUCCACUCGCCAUUACCGAGCACCAGAGGUCAUCCUCGAGUUGGGCUGGUCACAGCCUUGUGAUGUGUGGAGCAUAGGCUGCAUCAUCUUCGAGUACUAUGUUGGCUUCACCCUGUUCCAGACGCAUGACAACAGAGAGCAUCUAGCCAUGAUGGAAAGGAUCUUGGGUCCUAUCCCUUCCCGGAUGAUCCGGAAGACAAGGAAGCAGAAAUACUUCUAUCGGGGCCGCCUGGAUUGGGAUGAGAACACAUCAGCAGGGCGCUACGUGCGAGAAAACUGCAAACCACUGCGGGUCAGACAGAAAAGAAUAAACCACCUUUGAAGAGCUUACGUUUUAACGAGGAGCUAAAGAAGAUUCAUGACGUUGACAAGGAUGUACAAGCAGAAAGAACCUUCAGAGAGUAUGAAGGAGUAAUUGUGCUAGUGGGAGGGAGUCGAGCAGUAGUAUCCGCAGCGCUCGUAAGGUCGUGUUCCCAAUAGUACUCAUAACGGCAGAGGCUUGGUCCUCUGAGGUUGAAAGUUAGGGCCUUGAAGAAAAAGGGCAGGAACCGUAAGGCGUCGUGCCUCACCUUUUCCCUGCCCUCCACCACCAGCGGUAUCUGACCUCCGAGGCAGAGGAACACCACCAGCUCUUCGAUCUGAUUGAAAGCAUGCUAGAGUAUGAACCUGCUAAGCGGCUGACCUUGGGUGAAGCCCUUCAGCAUCCUUUCUUCGCCCGCCUUCGGGCUGAGCCACCCAACACCAAGUUGUGGGACUCCAGUCGGGAUAUCAGUCGGUGACGAUCAGGCCCUGGGCCCCCCUGCGUGUCCUGCAGCAGUGGGUGUCCAGUCCAGGACACUGGUGCUUUUUUAUAUAAGAGAACAGAGCCGGAGCCGGCCCCUUCCUCCUGGCUCCCUGUAUACCUGUGAAUAUGUGAAAUAGUGUAAAUAUGGAAGAACUUGUACCUACUGCUUCGUCCCCAGCCUUGUACAGAAUGCUGUUCCUUCCUACACUCUUCCCGCCGUCACCUGCCCCCUCGCUGUUGAGCUGGACAGGGCAGGAUGAGGUGACCGGGUGGCAUCUAUCCCAUGUUUUAUAAGGAAUUUUGUACAGUCUUUGUGAAAUAAAAAUGACGUGCUUCAUGCGA